UUUUUUUUCGCUAUAUUUCAUUUUAUCGAAAAAAAUUACUUAAAUUUCAUAUUAAACAAAGUAAAAGCAAAAUGGGACGACGUUGCUGCGUAGCCAAGUGCCCGUCGACGUCGCGUCUCCUGGAGCACCACGGCGUCACAUAUCACUCGUUUCCGCUUGACCCGAUUAUCCGGACCAUUUGGAUCAAGAACUCGCGCAUCAGCCUGGACAGGCAGAUUACGAAGAGCGUUCUGGUGUGUUCGCGCCAUUUUCGACGAGUCGAUUUCAAUACCAUACGCAAUGGGAAAUAUUUGCUGAAGCCGCGCGUCUUUCCCACGGUUUUUCCAUGGGGGAAAAUGGAUGCCGCUGAAAUUGAGGCCGAUCAUCGUGCUCUGCAGCAGGUCAAUGUGGAUGGUACAGCCGCUCCAGGCACUGUCAGUAGUUCCGGUAACGAGGAUGUCAUCAAGGCAACAGUGGACCAAAUUGUUUCGCAAAUCAUGGCCGAGUCGGCGGAGCGUAAUGCAACGGCAGCUGUCGAGGCAGACGUCAGUGCGGAUAAGGAGAUGGAAGUCGCUAAAGUAGCCAAAGUAGCCCAAGGGGGAGCCGGAGAAGCUAAGAUCGCGGUCAAAGAGAGUAAAUCGACGGCAGAGGAUUCUGCCAAAACUCCGCCAAAUGAAGGCGAACCAGCAGCAGCUGCUGAACCAAGUACAGACUCUACGCAGUCUUCCACAAGCAACCAACCGAAAUACAGCAUGCCCCAUAAUUUGAUAAUUGGAGCACGAGUUGAGGCCAAAAGCGUGGAUGGCUCGUGGCUGAACGCUCGCAUUGUGGAGGUCAAUGAAGCGGAGCAAACGCUGCUCAUCCGCUUCGAGCGGAACCAUAAGAUAAAGGUGAUGCCCUCGACCAGCGGCUCUUAUCAGGAGUGGAUGGCCAUCACAUCGGAGCGCGUCCGACAACGCGUCAGAAACCCAGUUCUACCCGUGUUCGAAUUGGAAGAGAAAUGCAUGGCACGCUGGUCGGGACCGCGUAAGUUUCCGGGCACCAUCAAGAAGCUGCUGGGCCACGACACCUACGAGGUGCUCUUUGACGAUGGCUACUCCAAGAACGUGCGUGCCGUUCACAUGAACAAGCUGCCCAAGCCAGCUGACACUGAAGAGGGGCAGGAAAAUGAUGCAGCCAAAGCGACGGCCGUGAAGAGGUCAAGCACUGGCUCUGCCAAUGGCAGUGGUUCCUCGAGCAGCAAGAAGAGCAAGACUUCACAGCGCAAGGAUUGGCCACUGCUCGACAUGUCUAGCUUGGAUUUGGAUGCUCUAGGCUUGCCGGAGAUACCUCACGAUGGGGAAUGGACGUGCCACUGGGUGAACGAUCAGCCGAUUGGCACCGAAGGUUUUCUAAUUGUAGGCGAACAUCAGAAGCCCACGGUGAUUGUGGAGGACUGGCGUCUGCCCCCCGGCUGGAUCAAGCACAUGUAUCAACGCUCGAAUGUGCUUGGAAAGUGGGAUGUCAUUCUGGUCUCGCCCAGCGGCAAACGAUUCCGCUCAAAGUCGGAUCUAAAAGUGUUUCUCGAGUCGCAGGAUUGUGUCUACAAUCCGGAUGUGUAUGACUUUAGCAUUCAUCGCCGUCGCGCAAAGGACAUCAAUGCUUAUGUGUACACCGGGGACUACAGUCCACAGCCGCCACACAAGCCAAAGACAUUGAAUGUAUCCGCGUUGGACACCAGCAUGGACCAGAGCAACACAUCAUUGCCAGAUGUGCCCUCGACACCCGCGGCAGGGUCAGCAGCUGCUGGAACGGGCCGUACAGAGGACGGUCAGUUUAGGGCUACACCCGUUUGCACACUUAUGCCACCAGCAGACCUGAUGUCGCCAGAGACACAGCACGCAGAUGACGGCCAUCCAACCGCUGAUAUGCCAGAAGCCACUGUGGAUGAUCAGGGCACAGUUCUGGUCGAGAAUGGUUAUGCUUUCAUUGGCGGCCUGAAAGUUUUCAUCGUGGAUAAUUUGUUCGUUUGCCCGGGCGAGGGAUGCGGCAAAACGUAUCGCAAGGAAGAUGUUCUGCUUAUACACAUCCGUCACUACCACAAGGAGUUUGCCGAAUAUGUCAGCCACUGUCCGAAGAUGCAGGAACUGGCUGUUAAGCGGACCCAUGCCUCUUCCAUUGAACAGGGCGAGGCGGUGCCCAAGAAUCAAAUACCCAAUCAGCAGUUCUUUGCCAAGAUGCAUCAGCAGGAUAUGCAGCAAAAGCGAGCAUUUAAGCCCCAGGGAACGACACCAGGAUCGACACCGGUGGCGACACCAUCACCUAAAACUCCAGGGACUCCAACGGGUGUUUCACCCACUAAAUCGCAGGCCUCGCCCGUUGUAGACAAACCGACCACGCCCUUGCCAGCAACAGAGAACGCUGCAACCCCAGAGACUCUCGCUACUGCAGAUGGUGCUGCAACAGUCACCUCUCCAGUGGGGCCGCCGGACUCGCCACUUGGCCGUUUAAGCAAGCGACCACGUUUUUCGUCCUUAAGACGUUCGUCUGGAUCCCGCAAGAGCAAUCGCCAGCGCUCACGGCGUCGCCCUGCCCAUCCAAGCACUGCUGACCCAGACUCCGAGGAGACUCAUCAAUCUUUAAACACGCCUACUCUGGAAGGUCGCCCCGACCCCAAGAAACGUCGAUUGCUGGCGGGAACAACGCCCAGCAGCUCAUCAGCCGCAGCGGACACUGCAGUAUCGACACCCUCAUCCAACGAUCAGGCAGACAUCAACGCGGCAGUGGCUCCGCCGCUGUCGGAGACACUUGGCAAGGCGCCGCAGUACAUCAAUGAGAAUGGACAACUGAUUCGGAUUGUCCGCAUGCGUCAGGAGGAGAUCAUCAAUUGCAUCUGUGAGUACGGCGAGGAGGAUGGUCUGAUGAUCCAGUGCGAGCUUUGCCUGAGCUGGCAGCAUGGCGGCUGCAAUGGCAUUGUUAAUGAGUCGCAGGUGCCGGACAAGUAUGUCUGCUACAUCUGCCGCAAUCCCCCGCGGGUGCGCAAGUCGAUGCGCUACAAACACGAUCAGGAGUGGCUGUUCGAUGGCAAGCUGCCAGUGGCCGGGUAUCACACAACGAAUCCAAUGACGGGCAAGCAGUCUGAGCUGCUCAAGCGCUCGCACACGCUCACUGGCAAUCUGCUGGAUGCCAAGCGCGCGAUGCACUCGCUGCGGGUGAAGAUGAACAUUUCCCGCAAUCGCUGUCAUCCCAAGCUGUAUCUGUGGGCCAAGAGGUGGGAUGAGGACCAGGGUGAUGCUUUAGCGACACCAUCGAAGCGUCCAAAGCCAGAGCAACCUGGCUUCCCCCAUGUCCCACAACCCGAGGCCGCCAUCGAUCCCGAGGAGUGUCAGUUUCGCUUAAUGGAGCAUGUUAAAGUGCAGCAAUCCCUGGUCCUGAAACGACUCAACGAAAUCGAAGCCGAAGUGGAUGAGCUAGAGAACGAAGAUUUCCUUAAUGAUCUUAAGAACGCAGACAUCUCGGUGACAAAAGAGGCCGUGGCCACCUUUGUCAAAGAGCUGGAGACUUUGAAGCGUUUGGCUCGUCUCAACUAUGUCGCCAAUGAGAAAGAAAAGGAAGCGGCCAAUUCAACAGCUUAAGAUUUGUAUUUUUAAAGGAUUGAUAAAUAAGAGAUCCAGGAGAAGCCUCUUUGUUUUAUCUCUCGCUCUCUGUGAGACUACAAUUAAGUUACAACUUAACUUGCAUUCAAAAUAAAUGUUAAACUUAAUCGUACACCUACAAGUGUCAA